GAAACGUUGCCUAUUUCCUUUGCUCCAUAGAUGCUGCCUCACCCGCUGAGUGUCUCCAGCAUUUGUGUCUACCUUCACCUCAUCAAUGUCGUUGUUUACUGCAGUUACUGAAUAUAAAUAGCACAAAUAAUCUGUCUCUCUGAUGGCUCCUGGCCAUUGGAAGUGCAAAAGUCCAGGACAAGGGGUCACAGCUUAAGGAUAAGGGGGAAAUCCUUUAAAACUGAGAUGAGAAGAACUUUUUUCACACAGAGAGUGGUGAAUCUCUGGAACUCUCUGCCACAGAGGGUAGGCGAGGCCAGUUCAUUGGCUAUAUUUAAGAGGGAGUUAGAUGUUGUCCUUGUGGCUAAGGGGAUCAGGGGGUAUGGAGAGAAGGCAGGUACGGGAUACUGAGUUGGAUGAUCAGCCAUGAUCAUAUUGAAUGGUGGUGCAGGCUCGAAGGGCCGAAUGGCCUCUACUCCUGCACCUAAUUUCUAUGUUUCUAUGUAAAAGAGUUUUUCAGUUUACGAUACGAUAAGAUAACAGGGAAGAAGGAUCUCCUGUGGAGUUCUGUGCUGCAUCUUGGUGGAACCAGUCUGUUGCUGAAGGUGCUCCUCAGGUUGACCAGUGUGUGUCACGGAGGGGGUGAGCUGUAUUGGCCGGGAUGCUCCGCAGUUUGAGGAGCAUCCUCCCCUCCAAGACCAACCUCCCGUGAAUUCAACAGGUCAGAGCCAGCCUUCCUGAUGAGUUUGUUGAUCCUGUUGCCGUCUGCACCCUAGGCCCUGCUGCCCCGGCACACAUCAGCGGACAAGAUGGCCCUGUCCACCACCGUUUAGUUUAGAGAUACAGCGCGGAAACAGGCCCUUUGUCCCACCGAGUCCGCGCCGACCAGCGAUCCCCUAACCAACACAAUCCUACACACACACACUGGGGACAAUUUACAAUUCUUACCAACGCCAAUUAACCUACAAUUAACCUGCGUGUCUUUGGAGUGUGGGAAGAAACUGGAGAUCCCGGAGAAAACCCACGCAGGUCACGGGGAGAACGUGCAAACUCCGUACAGACAGCACCCGUGGUCAGGAUGGAACCCGGGUCUCUGGCGCUGUGAGGCAGCAACUCUACCGCUGCACCAGCCAACAGGUAUGUACACAUUGUUCUCAGUUAAAUGAAUGAAAAUAAUAUAUUGAGAGUGAUGUUCUUUACUUGCAUGAGUUGACAGGAGUGCUGGACCAUUGGUCACUUGGACUAAAGGGACACCUAGGUCCCACACGUAGUUGGCCAUGGAUGUGCCCGCGACAGAUGAAGAGUGGGAUGAUGAUGCCAUCUUGCAGCACGCUAUAGAAGAAAGUCUCUCCCGCAUCUGUACCGGAGAUUCUUGCCCAGCCGCUGAAGUGGAGGAGAUCAGGUCUUUACAAAGCACGGUGAACAGGGAGAUUGUUGAAGCAAUAAAGACAGGUCUGGAGGCAGAGGUUGUCCGGCUGUCCGUGCACCAGUCUGCCUUUGAUGAAGCCGAUGAGAGGGGCUGGAUCCCUCUACACGAAGCUGCAGUGAAGUUAAACCAAGCUGUCCUCGCCACCACGCUGCAAGCCUCUGGGCCGGGCGCUGGUGAGCGCCGGUCCCUGCGUGGUGAAACUCCGCUACACCUGGCUGCGGAGCUCAGCCUGGCUGGCAACGUGCAGCUCUUGCUCGAAAACGGCAGCGACCCAAACUCUAAGAACGAAGAAGGCGAUUCUGUGUUGAUAACCGCGACCAGGACUGAAUGUGUGGAGGUUGUCACUCUGCUGCUGGGGUUUGGGGCGGCCGUCAACAUGAGAUGCGUUAACGAGCGCACGGCGCUGCACGAAGCCGCCAAGGUGGGCCGCGUGGACAUCGUGGAGUCACUGCUGCGCUCGGGGGCUUCAGUCGAUCCACACAGUGCUUUUGGACUCACCCCGCUGGCCCUGGCCGCACAGAAUGGCCGGACUGAGGUGGUCAAGCUCUUGCUGCAGAAAGGGGCUGACGUUCUGUCACAAGCGUGUGACGGUGUGUCGGUGUUGUUCGAGGCAGCCGCGGUGGAGAAUGGCGAGUGCCUGGCCCUACUGCUGGAGUACGGGGCUGAUGCCAAUGUCCCCAAAUACACCGGGCAUCUGCCCAUUCACCGCGCCACCUACCGAGGAUAUUACCAGCUGGUGAAGCAGCUGAUCGAGGUGACAGACAACUCUGCCAUCCAGGAGAGUGGCAUCAGCCCGGUGCACUCUGCCACGGCAGGUGGACACCAGCAGUGCCUGCAGCUGCUGCUCCAAUCCGGCUUCGACGUCAACUUCAUGCUGAGCCCGCAGCUACAGCGCGGCUACUGCGACCGGCGCAAGUCCGCCCUCUACUUCGCCGUGUCCAACAACGACGUCCACUCGGCCCGUCUCCUGCUGGAGGCCGGGGCACGGCCCAACCAGGACCCCAUCAACUGCCUGCAGCCGGCCCUGCGGCUGGCCAACCACCAGCUGAUCCACCUGCUGCUGCGGCACGGUGCCAAUGUCAACUACUACUGCAGGGUCAACACUACCCACUUCCCCUCCGCCCUGCAGUACGCCCUCACCGACCAGCGCACGCUACGCUUGUUGUUCAGCUACGGCUACGAUAUCCAACGCUGCUUCCACUGCCCCCAUGAAAACAAGAUCCACCCACUCUUCACCCACGAAGGCUGGAGUCCCACGGUCAUCAGAGACAACAUGUUCUGUGAAGUCAUUACUCUGACCUGGUUGAAGCAUCUAUCGGGGAAUGUGGUGCGUGUGAUGCUGGAUUACGUGGCCACCGUUACUCUCUGCUCUAAGCUGAAGGCGGUUCUGGAGCAACAAAGCGAAUGGGCGGAGAUCAGGCACAUCAUGGGAAACCCCCGGUGUCUGCAGCACCUGUGCAGGCUGACGGUUCGCAGAUGCAUGGGGAGGAUGAGACUGCGAUGCCCGGUGUUCCUGACAUUCCUGCCCUUGCCCCAGCGCCUGAAGGAAUACAUUCUCUUCAAAGAAUACGACCCUUACAACGGGCCCUAAACCCAACGCCUUCCCGGGUAAAGCCUUCUUAUACAUUUUAAAGAUAACUGCAAUGGUAAUGGUGUUGGCAGUAAUAGUUUAAUUUAUAGGACAUUGCUCCAGAAAUCAAUAUUUAAAACAUGCUGAAAUCAGUAUUUUGUAUUGAAACAGCAAAUGCAAUAAAAUAGGAAUGAUGUAUUUCAGUGUAAUAAUUGCUGUAAAGAUUCACGAUCAAAACAAAUCAAAUGAUUUACUGUCCUUUUUGCUGCUUUGCUUACAAUACAAAGAAAUAGAAAAUGUUAGAUGAUAGGGAGAGGAGCUGAUAAUUUGUGAAUGUUAAUUUGCCCAGCUUGUUACAUGUUGUAUGAUCAGGAGCAUUAUUUAACCAAACUGAAAUAUAUAUUAAGGCAUAGUGGUCUGUAAAUACCAGUUCAGUAUUAAAUAUAAAUAAGUUGCACUAUGCAAUAUAUUGUUUUGUUUAUAGCUUUUUAAAAAUUCAUAUUUAUCAGCAUAUUUUCAGUAGAAUCAAAAGUAAUUGUUACAGGAAAAUUUAAAGAAAAAUCCGUUUUGUAACAAAAAGGUUUUAACAAAACGAUUGAAGAACGUUUUGGUAAUAAAACAUUGUAAAUGACACAGCGACACCCAUAACUCUUUGUCUUUGUAACUAAGAUUGUUUUGACCCUU